AUGACUACGGAUGGUCAGACGUCGCUUGCCAACCCCGGGCCGAAAGGUGUGCAUGAUUCUACUCUUGCACUAACACAGCACCUCGCCACGCUCCUUGCAACGUCACCCCUACGCACUCCAGGGAAGUACCCCGACACGAACCAUGGCUAUGACAACACUGCCCCGAUCUAUCCACUCAGCGGAUCCGUUUACAGCGACAGCGAGGACCUCGGCUUCCCAUUCUGCAGCUAUGCCCUCCCCGCCGCUAUCACCCCGCUUUCCGAGCCUGCGCCCAAGAACGCGCCCGUAUACGACGCCUGGGGUCCAAUUACCUUGGAUGCCCUCUUUUAG